AUGUAUCUGGACUUCACUACCAACCUAGGUCUGAGCUCACUUUUGACCACCGUACUCUCCGUUCUUACGCCCAACAAGCAGGCCAGCGUUCUCCAUCAACCUGUUCUUCCUCCAUCUUAUCCACUGGCAGUGCGAAGCCCAUACCUAUCAACAUGGGUGCCGAGCGAUCAAGUCGGGAGACUCCCUGAGGCCGAGCCACAGUUCUGGACUGGCCAGAAUCUUACCUGGUCCAUUAUGGCUCGUGUAGAUGGCCAGGCUUAUAGUCUGAUGAACGUCAAGGGCUCUGAUAAACUCAUUCGCCCUGCUACUGUUCGCAGUGCAGAAUACACUGCCACACACUCCAUCUUCACUCUCACUGCUGGCUCGGUGACACUUACACUAGACUUCUUUUCACCCAUCUCGCCCUCUAACUACCUUCGCCAGUCCCUACCAUUCAGCUAUCUGACAGUCUCGAUUUCUGGAGCGUCAUCCAACAAUGUUCAGAUCUACUCGAGCAUUGACAAAAGCUGGACAGGAAAGUCAGAAUCUACGUCUUGUGGCUUUCUUUAUGCGAAUGCUACUGCUAUGUACUCCUUACGAUCGGAGAAUGCGAUUCCGUACUCCGAGGAAAGUGACAUGGCAGCUUGGGGCGAAGCCGUCCUAGCCUCUCAAUCUACCUUGUACUCAAGCCUCUCGUAUGCCUCGGGAGAACGAAAAGAUGUGCAGUCCCAAUUUGCGAAAACUGGAAAGCUAGAUAAUGCCAACCAAUUCCUGACGACUGGGGGUAUUGUUGCUGUUGCUCACGACUUAGGAUUUCUUGUGAACGCGCAGUCCGUAACUUUUGCCGUUGGGCAUGUGCGCGAAGAGUCAAUCAACUACUUCGGGAGGCCGUAUACAGGAUACUACCGGGCCUUGUACCCCAGAACAGAGCAAGCAGUUGCGCACUUCUUAAAUGAUUACCCCGAUGCUCUUCGAGAGUCACACGCUCUUGAUUUGGAGAUGGCGAAACAGGCGGCCGCCGUUGCAGGGCAGAAAUACGCUGACAUUGUGACUUUGUCGAGUCGGCAGGCCUAUGCAGGGAUUGAGAUUACCAUUCCUAAUGACACGCUGAAUAUCACAGAUGUGUUAGCGUUCAUCAAAGAGCUUUCCAGCGAUGGCAACAUCAACACGGUGGACGUCAUAAUGCCUGCUUUCCCUAUCUACUAUAUUCUGGACCCAAACUAUAUCCGACUUCUGCUAGAGCCCAUGAUGAGGUACCUCGCCGCCGGACGCUGGCGGCAGCCUUACGUGAUCCAUGAUAUGGGCUCACAUUAUCCGAAUGCAGUUGGCCACGACAAUCAACAAGCAGAACCAAUGCCAAUCGAGGAAUGCGGGAACCUAUUGGUUCUCGUACUCGCCUAUGUUCGUGCCACGGGAGAUACAGACUGGGCGUCCCAGUACACCGAGCUUCUCCAGGGCUAUGCAGAUUAUCUGGUCGAUAAUGGCAUCGACAUAGCUGAGCAGUUGUCAUCCAACGACGCCGCUGGACCUCUGGCCAAUGAGACUAACCUUGCGAUCAAGGCUGCCGUUGGUAUCAAGGCAUUCGGGGAGCUGACAGGCUUCUCCGAAUACUCGCGUGUUGGCGACAAAAGAGCCGAGCUGCUGUUCUCUCGGGGAUUGGGGGUGGACGCGCAAAAGACACACUUUGCGCUGCAGUACCCAGGAAAGCCGGCCUCCUGGAAGAUUCCGUACAAUCUCUACCCUGAUGUGUUGUUAGGCCUACGCACCUUUCCCAAGGCCGCAUAUGACAUGGAAAAUACUUUCUUCAAAUCGGUCCGAGCGGAGUAUGGUGUACCCUUGGAUGACCGACAGGACUGGGCCAAGUCGGACUGGAACAUGUGGCUGGCUGGGACGUUGGACUCCACCACCCGCGAUGAGUUCGUUGACGACUUGUGGAGAUAUAUGACCAACGGCAAACAUCACUGGCCGUUUUCCGAUCGCUACAUCGCCACAUCAGCGAAAGGAGGCCGCUCGGGGGUCCCUGUCUUGUGUCGAGCGCGGCCUACAGUGGGAGGGCAUUUUGCUUUGUUGGCACUGCAGGGUCCUCGUUGUCUGCAGCAGGCCGUGUAUAGGAGACUUGAAGUCCUGGAGGAAGAAAAUACCAAUGAGGAGCAUCCUCUUUCUGCUUUCUUCAAUUUCCUCACCCUUGAUUCUCCGUCGCCCCCCCUCCCCGUCAUUAGAUUCUCCCCCAUGGCUUCUCCCCGUCCUCCUCACAACUUUGGUCCUCAAGGCUAUCCGCUUCCCAACGGCGCUGUCACUUCUGGCCCUGUCCCCGGCGCCACCCCUCUUCUCCCCAACAAUGGCCGCGUCUUGCAAAAUGGUCCCGUCAGAGUCCUGUGCAUCGCUGAUGUUCGAGGAAAUCUCAAGUCUCUGAAUGAACUGGCUAGACAGGCCCGUGCGGACCACAUUAUCCACACUGGUGACUUUGGUUUCUACGAUGAUACCUCGCUGGAGCGCAUUGCGGAUAAGACUUUGAAGCACGUGGCCCAAUACUCACCUUUGCUACCGGAGAAUGUGAAGCGGACGAUCGCCCAGACCCCUCCCCAGCAGUCGAUCAAGCAACGAUUCACCCCCGACCAGCUUCCCCUUUCAGAACUCUCCAUGCUGCUGGACAAGCGGCUGACUCUCGAUGUUCCGGUGUACACGGUCUGGGGCGCCUGUGAAGAUGUCCGCGUGUUGGAGAAGUUCCGCUCGGGGGAGUACAAGGUCAACAACCUGCACAUCAUCGAUGAGGCCAACUCGCGACUGCUAGACAUCGGUGGCGUCAAGCUGCGUCUGUUGGGUCUGGGUGGCGCUGUCGUGAUGCACAAGCUAUUCGACAAUGGCGAGGGCAAGACUACGAUUGCGGGCGGUCAAGGUACUAUGUGGACGACCCUCUUGCAAAUGGGCGAGUUGAUCGACACGGCCAACCGUGUGUAUGACCCGUCUGAGACCCGCGUCUUCGUCACGCAUGCCUCUCCCGCCCGUGAGGGCAUGCUGAAUCAACUAUCCGUCACCCUCAAAGCCGACUUCUCCAUCUCCGCCGGUCUGCACUUCCGCUACGGCUCGUCUUACAAUGAGUUUUCCGUCAACCCCUCGCUGGAUCACUACCGCGGCAAGCUGGCUGCUUCCAAGGCAUCAUUCAACGACGUAUGGGAGACUGUCCGUGGAGAGGUUGAGACGGCUAUCUCUCAGAACGAGGCCCAGAAGACUCUGCUGGACAACGCCCUGGAGGUGGUUAACCGGAUGCCUACUGUUGCUAACGGCGGCAAUCCCUUUGGUGGGCCUGCUGCUCCCGGCAACGCGGCCGGCCAGGUGGACGAGAGUGCUUUCAAGAACAUGUGGAAUUUCAACUUGGCGGAUGCGGCUUUUGGCUUCCUCGUGCUAGAGAUUGAGGCCGGCCGCAUUGCGACCGAAAUGCGCGCGCAGGGUUUCAACUUCGCUCACCGCACUGGAAAGCCCCAACCUGUGGCCCCUGCCCAAGCUGCCCCCGUCCCUGCUGCUGGUGCUCCCGCCAGUGUCGCCUCUCCCCGCAUUCCCGGCGCUGCUCCUCAGUUCGGUCAGGUGCAGCCAGUUUCUGGACGUCCUGGUGCCCCGGCACAGCAACCCCCUCAGCCCACCCAGGCCAAGGCCUCUGCCACCGCCCCCGCCCGCACCUCUCCGGCUCCCGUGAUCCCCAAGCCUGCUACUCCCCAGCCUCCUAGCGCUCCUGCCGGCCAGCCCUCCGUGGCCUCUCCCGAGAGAGCCGCUGCCACCGAGCCCAACGGCACCGCUCAGCCUGAAAAGCCGUCUGAGUCUCCCCUACCUAAGCCCGAGAAGAAGGCAAGCAACGGUCUCUUCGUCUCCAACGUCGACAACGAGCAAGCCGUGCGCGAUCUCUUCCCCGAGGAAGACCGGGCCAAGAUGGUACGAGUGGAGAAGUGGGGAAAGUUCAACCACGUUGUGACCUUUGCGACUGUUGAAGAGGCCAAGGCCGCGCUGGAGCGCCAGCCCGCGGACCACAAAAAGCCCAGCCCACCUGGUCAGCCCCGCAAGCCCAACAUCAAGUUCUUCGAGGAUCGCGGCAGCCACCGUGGCAAUGCCGGCACAUGGCAGAGCAGCAACCGCGGCGGUGCCAGCUCCUCUCAGCGCGGAUACCAGAGCGGUGGUGCCAGCGACAGUGAGACCAACCGGGGCCGUGGAUUUGGCGGACGAGGCCGGGGCCGGGGCGAUCGAGGCGGUCGCGGCGGCCGCGGCGGUCGUGGUGGCUUCAACAAGGGUGGCCCGUCCGAGUCUUCGGCUGGGGAUAACAAGCCCGUUGCCGCAGCUGGGGGUGACGCUUGA